AGCGACCGAAGUAAAGAUGGCGGACGUGUCGGGGAGCGAGCUGUCAGAGGAGAAAGAAGCAGAAAUUGAGCUGAAGAAAAGACAGAAACGACCGUGGGACGAGUUGCACAAGUCCGGUAAAAUCGGUAUAACUCCGGACCUACCGGAAACGUUGGGAUUCUACGAUAUAAGCGCUGUCAGGAGGAGGGAGCAACGGGAGGCAGCAGAUCCAUCGUUGACUCGCUUCAUUAGCGCAGAGCUCACCAGAGGCUACUUCCUGGAGCACAAUGAGGCAAAGUACACGGAGCGCAGAGAGAGAGUUUACACAUGCAUGCGCAUUCCCAAGGAGCUGGAGAAGCUGAUGACAUUUGGCUUCUUCCUGUGUGUGGACGCCUUCCUGUACGUGUUCACGCUGCUGCCCCUCAGGGUGCUGCUGGCCGUGCUGCGCCUCCUCACGUUGCCAUGCUGUGGCUUCAGGGCACGCACAUGCCCCUACUGCAGAAGAAGCAGUGGGUCUCGGCUGCUGCAGCCAGCGCAGGUGUGUGACGUGCUGAAGGGUCUGAUCAUGGUGCUGUGCUUCUCCAUGAUGCAUUAUGUGGAUUACUCCAUGAUGUACCACCUGAUCAGAGGACAGUCCGUCAUCAAACUGUACAUCAUCUACAACAUGCUGGAGGUGGCUGACCGCCUCUUUUCGUCCUUCGGUCAAGACAUCCUGGACGCUCUCUACUGGACGGCCACAGAACCCAAAGAGCGGAAGAGAGACAGUAUAGGAGUCAUUCCUCACUUCUUCAUGGCCGUCUUUUAUGUCUUUCUGCAUGCCAUCCUCAUCAUGGUCCAAGCCUCCACCCUCAACGUCGCCUUCAACUCCCACAACAAGUCCCUGCUCACCAUCAUGAUGUCCAACAACUUUGUGGAAAUCAAAGGAAGUGUGUUCAAGAAAUUUGAGAAGAACAACUUGUUCCAAAUGUCUAACAGUGAUAUAAAGGAGCGGUUCACCAGCUACGUCCUCCUGCUCAUCGUCUGUCUCAGGAACAUGGAGCAGUUCGCAUGGAACCCAGACCACCUGUGGGUGUUGUUCCCCGAUGUCUUCAUGGUCGUCACCUCUGAGGUUGCAGUGGACAUCAUUAAACACGCGUUCAUCACCAAGUUCAACGACAUCACAGCCGAUGUGUACAGUGAAUACAGAGCCAGUUUGGCCUUCGACCUCGUCAGCAGUCGGCAGAAGAAUGCUUGUACAGACUACAGUGACUCAGUGGCCCGUAGGAUGGGCUUCAUCCCUCUGCCGCUGGCUGUCCUGCUCAUCCGAGUGGUGAUGAGUUCGGUGAAGGUGCAGGGAGCUCUGUCGUACACGUGUGUGUUCCUCUGCUAUCUCGGGCUGGUGACUCUCAAAGUGUUGAACAGCAUCGUGCUGCUGGGGAAGUCCUGUGUUUACGUCAAGAGAGCCAACAUGGAGGACAAACUGUUUGAGACUCCGGCCCCCCCUCCACCCUCCUCUUCCUCCACCUCCUCCAGUAAAACCCCGAGCAGAGCGGAAGCCAGCUGUCCCACUCCUCCAGGUGAAUCCAAGAUGGAGCCGGCCCCCGUCACCCUCUGCAGCCCCCCUCCUUCUUCCUCCUGCUCUGUGACCACGCAGCCCUCCCCCAGGACUGACCUGUUUCCCCCCCAACCUACUGACCACUCCCCCGCUGCUCCACCCCCCCGCACCCCGACUCCCACCCAUGAACCUGAACCCCCUGCACCCCCCCUCUCCAAAGAGGAGGAGGAGGAGGGGGAGGGGGAGAGGAGGAGGAGGAGGCAGCAGCAGAGACUGAACUGAAGCACAGGACUCCCAACAGAGACCUGCUGGAGAUCGACCGCUUCACCAUCUGUGGGAACCGCAUCGACUGAGGGGCGGAGCGACGAACACGAGGUGCACUCAGGGAGACGAAGAGCGGAGCAGCUCAGCCCGGCCCCCGGCCAAUCAGAAGAGGGAGAGAGAGAGAGAGAGAGCUAUUUAUCAGGAUGCAGGACAGAAAGUUAUUGUGAACAUGAGACAAUCCUGCUGCUGUGGAAGAGUCGAGAAGUUUUAGCAGAGAGACCGAGCAGCUCAGGAGGAACUGUCAGGAGUGUGAGGAGUGUGUGUGCAGGUGUGAGAAACGGUGUGUGUGUGAGAGCCGGAGAGCACUUCCUGUCUGAGCAGCACUGAGAGCAGAGAGAGAAACGUCUCGGAUCGCUCAGCAAAACAAACUCUGACAUUAAAGGAGACGCCUGAAUCAUUGUUCACUCGUUGAGCGCUUCACCUGGCUCAACAAGUGCACUCCUCAGGUGUCAUCAUACAUCAUACAUCAACACAAUUAGAAAUAACAGCGUCUUUAAAACUAUAUAUUAUAACAGCCGAGCCUUUGGAGUCAGACGCUGAUAUCUGGAUUCGGCUCAGUACUGGAAAGAUACUAAUGGACUUCAGCCGAAGGGUUCCCAACCUGAGGUUUGUGACCCACACAAAGUGUCAUUACAUCCAUUAGAGAAGUAACGAGAAAAAAACUAGAAAGAAAAACAAAAUGUCUGCCUUUUUUUUCACGAAUAACUGCAAAAGUUCAUAUUUUUGCUCUCAUGAAAAAAAGUAUUUAAUAAAUGAGUCACAAACUGUACACACCACAUGACGAGGGUCCACAACGUUUAUUGUUUUAUUAUUGGGUCACAAGACAAAACUGAUCCCUGAGCAGUCACACACUGAUAAUAAUAUUAUAUAUAUUUAUAUCUUAAUUAGCUCAGAAAUCACAACCCCAGUCCCACUAAGGCCGUAAUCAUUUGAAGUGAGGUUUCAUUCCCGACCCGUUUAGAAGAGCCCUUCCUCCACACAGCCUACAGAUGACGUCACUAAAGGAUCCUUCUCAGUACAAAACUAACCGUCUAAUUAGAAGCCGCCGACACAAGAUCUGUUCUUCAAAUCUCUCCGUAUGUGAGACUCCAGACGAUCAGAAACCAUCUCACUUGGUCAGGAAUCGACGUUGUUUCUUUCAGUCUGACGAGUGUUUGCACUGAUGGACCGUAUUGUCUUAAAUACGACGGGUCAGGCUUCUCAUUUGACUCUGGAGUAAUGUUCUAAUGUUUACAUCUCAGAAAAACAGAAGGAAUAUUUCCAAAACAAAAAGCCUUUUUUUUUUUUUUGCAUGUCUGUUUUACAUUUGAUUUGCUACGACUGAAACUUUUUUGCUAUUUCAAAUCUAUAAAUACAAAAUGUUAAACACCAGGUGUAUCUUCCAGCUUGCACUCGUCAGCCAUGUUUGUAGUUAAGUGCAACAUAAUGUAUUAUUCCUGACAUUAAAACAGUUUUACAAUUGACAUAUUUAGUUUGUGUCAAAACUGACUUUUUUUUAUCCGCUUUAAUAAACAAUGGUACAUUACAGAGUGCUUGGUGCCAUGCAGACUUCACGAGGUUACACUUUGCUAAACUAUACAGAUAAAUAUAACAACAAACAACAUUUUAAAUAAUCGACGCAGAAGUUAAAUGUCCUAAUUAGUUUUCUGCUCUGUUAAUAUCACAAUCCAACACAGCCAUAUGUUUUUGAAGUUGCUGUCAGAUUUGACUUUAAACAGAAAGAUUAUAUAUAAAGGAACACAUGCUAAGAGUUCAUUUGGAGAGAUGUUCAUUAUUACCAUUGUAAUAAGAAGGAUUGUUCUAUUUUAGGAGCUGCAGUUGUGAUAUAAUAAUAUUUAACUCUCCUCAGAGCUUUGUGUGUGUUUGGUCCGUUACACUGCCUGCUUUAUUUCUUGUGUUUGGUUCAUUAUUUAAUUCCUACCUCGAUCAAUAUUGUAUGAAAAUGCCCAAUUUUGAAUGAAUAAAAGUUGUUUUUUACAAGUG